GAAGUGAUAUAUUAUCUUUAUUGGUUAAGACAAAUGAAAACUUUCAUGUUGAUGAACAGUUAACACAUAAUGAAUUAAUUAGCCAAAGUCGUCUUCGUAAAGAAGUGCUAGAUGCAUUUACUGAUCCUAAUCAUUUUCCAACCUUUGAUGAAAUUGAACAUUUGAAAUACUUAGAUUGUGUUCUAAAAGAAUCAUUAAGGAUUGUUCCGCCUGUGCCUGGACUAAUUCGUUAUAAUUUAAAAGAUGAAAUUUUGAAUGGUUACUUCAUCCCAAAGAAUACUCUAAUGAUGAUUCCUAUCCACACAAUCCAUCAUGAUCCUUUAAUUUGGGGCGAUGAUGCCGAUUGGUUUAACCCAUCUCGGUGGCUUGAUCCAGAAAUAAAAUCGAAAGUAUCAAGCAGUAAUUUUUUACCUUUUAGUGCUGGUUCAAAAAAUUGUUUAGGAAUGAAAAUGGCUAAUUUGGAACUUAAAAUUAUCGUAUCUAUAAUUAUUAGAAAUCUUGAGUUUAGAUUAGUUGAUGGCUUUACUUUUAGUAAAAAAUUUUUAGGUUUAGCUGAACCUAUUCCUGGAAUUGAUUUAUGGGUUUCAAAAAUAGAUUAUUAA